AUUAGCAUUCUAACUUGCUGCAGGUUUGCUGUCUUAGUACAAGGGGAAUCGAACAGUGGAUGUCGUAGGUAGCUGCCCGACCCGGAGGAGCCUGUUCCCGGUUCAUGCGACACGUUCCCUCGGCUCCAGACUAAGCUGUGAACCGAGAACCUCCGCAGAAGAAGCGGCUCUCAUCUUCCACCGGACGGGGCGUAAUUGAUAACGAAAGGACCAGUACAACGUCACACAAAACUGUCACCACCUUCUUCAAAGAUGUCCGACAUUCUGGUCAGAGAGUUCAGGGCCCAGCUAAACACGGCCCUGGAGUCAGUCCUGAGGAGGGCUGUGUGUGAGAUAAUGAUGAUCUUUGAGGGCAACUUACAUGCCCAUCAUAUGGAGCUGGUGAAUAAAGGCGAGGAGGUGGCUCAUCUCAAAACAAAGUUACAGACUGCAGAGAUCAAGCUGACGGAACGUGAGUUUGGAGGUGUCAGAAGAGCGGAUAAAAAAAUAACUCAGACCAAUAGAAGAGAAGGCAAUCAAAGAGAGCCUGAGGCUGUGAGGAAGCUCCGUGGACGACCUGCUCGUGUUCCUGAGAUUGAUAUUGAAGUGCCGGACGACUGGUGUGCUCCGCUGGGUGAUGAGGCCACGUCCAAGCGAGAGGCUGCGUGUCCCAGUGUCCGACUUCGCAAGCUGUUGAUUCCACUGCACCGGAUUCCAGUCAUCAAGCAAGAGGUGAUGAUCCGCGCCAUUGACUCCCAGCAGCAACCACGCGGUGCCAGGAGAUCCUUGAGAAGUUCCACGAUAAACGAUAAACACAAGCAAUCUCGAACAAUUAUACUACCAGUGUUCAAACGAGAAAUGCAAGAUGGAACAGAAAGAAGCCCCAAGACGAGACAAGAGAAGAAAGAAAUACAAAAAUGCACAGUGUCGAGCGGCGAAGAGGAGAGAGAAGACACAACUGAGACCACAGAACAGGAGACGGUGGAAAAUGGUGCGACGGUCUACACCUGCAAAGUCUGUCAGAGGGAGUUUCAUAGAGAAUAUAGCCUACGUAUACACGCACGAUCACACACCAGAUGCAAAGGAUGCCAAAAGAAUGUCCCUCCACGUGAUGUCAUGUCUCAUAAUAUAAAUUGCAAAAAACUGAAGAAAGUGUUGGCAAGGGAAGCAGAUGAAAACCUGCUGUUGAUGACCAAGAAAGACGGGCGCACUCAAAGGUACAGCUGUCCAUACUGCAAAAAAACCUCUUCUUCGAGAAACAAGUUCCUCCAUCACAUUCACCUUCAUUUGCGCGUCAAACCAUUCGCUUGUAGUGUGUGCAAGAAGGACUACUGCAAUAAGCAGUCACUCGAGAAGCACAUGUUAUUACACCAGGACAAAAAUAAGUCGGCUGAGACAAAGGGAGACAUGACGUGGACCAUGCCUUUAGAAGACACCGAAGAGGCAUCGGUUUCUCCCAGCAGAGAGCCGGGUAGCACCAUCAGCAGUGACAAUGUGGAGAAUAGGCCCAGUCAAGGCGAUAAAGCCGAGUCGCAAAUUGAUGGAACACUCGCACCCACACAGGAGAGAGACCCCUCACCUGUAGAGGGUGCUCUUCAAAGUUUCGUACCCGUCAUCAAUUAAUACUGUCGCACAAAAACGUGCAGCUAUUAUACGAUACCAGUCCAGAGCGAGAAGGUAUUACCAGAAGAGCAGGAUAUACAAAGCAUUGUGUGAGGGAUUGACCAAAUGUCUGCGAAGUUUGCGGAGAUGGCUUCUCCAGUUACGGGCGCCUCGGAAACCACAUGGCGGGUUGCCACAGCAAAGCCAGUUAGAAUCAGACGGAUUGUGGUCAAUAGUGUUCCUAUCCCUUUUAGCUUUUCAGUUUUUGGGCUUAAUCGGAUGUAUCUUAAAUAGAUUUUUAUAUCCACAUUUGUAUUCCCCAUUUCUGUAAUUUACUGUAAGACCCGUGAUAGAAAAAUACUGUGCUAUCAUCUGUGUUUGCAAAUGGCUUGUCAUCAAGAUAUAGUUUUUGAUGGCAAUUUUAAAAACCUUACUUUAUUGAAAAGUUCACCAAUGACGAUCAAACCGGUUUGUAUGUUGUCGGGUGUUAGGCAAAUCUUGACAGCCAAUGUACUUUUAUGUUGUGAUGGAGACAAAUGAUUGCUGUAAAUUGAAAGCAUUCAGAGAACAUUUUAAAGGAAAUGUGUGUUUUUUACAUUUUAUGAAAACCAAUAUUGCCUUACAGCAGAUCUACACGUUGACGACCUUAUUGGCUGCAACGGUCUAGUAUAUUUUUAAACAGCCACCUUGGCAAGAAGCUGCAUGGAUAAUUGCCCAGCCCGGUCUAUGUAUUAACUGUGAGUACAUAUUCAAUUAUCUGUAUGUAUUUAUCUACUGUUUUUAAACUGUUUUUUUAAAGUACAGUUUAUUUAUUGUGUGUAUACAUGACCCCAAUAAAACCCACAUGUAUAUAUGUA